AUGCCCUAUAUGAUUAGGCUCUGUCGCCAUUUCCGUUCUUUCGCGGUCUCCUCUUCCCCCCGGCACUUCAAACUCCGCACGAUGUCAGAAGAUCCUGUAUUUCGCGUCGCCUUACGCGGCGAUGAACUCCUCAACAAUCCCCGCUUCAAUAAAGGAACUGGCUUCACCAUCAAGGAGCGCAAAGCGUUUGGGCUGACUGGGCGUCUUCCAUCCAGAGUAAACACCCUGGAUGAGCAAUGUGAGCGGGCAUACCAGCAGUUGCAGAGUCGUGAUGCGCCAAUCCGGAAAAACUCUUUCCUGCAGAGUCUGAAGACCCAGAACAUCGUGUUGUACUACACUUUGCUUGCCAAACAUCUGCGAGAGCUCAUUCCUAUCAUCUACACGCCAACAGAGGCAGAAGCUAUCUCAGACUAUUCCCACUUGUACAGACGCAGCGAAGGCUUGUAUUUGACCUUCGACAAUCAAGAUAGCAUGGAAGAGGACUUCCUCGAGCAAACUCGAGGAGUGAAUAUCGAUCUGGUUGUGUGCUCCGAUAGUGAAGCGAUAUUAGGAAUCGGGGACCAGGGCGUCGGGGGAAUCGGGAUUUCUUCGGCGAAAUCUGUGAUUUACUCACUCAUCGGGGGCAUCAAUCCUGCUUGUGCUUUGCCUGUCGUUCUCGACGUGGGAACUGACAAUGAGCAAUUAUUGAAUGAUCCACUCUAUGUCGGAUGGCCGCACAAACGGGUGAGAGGCGAAGAAUACGACAAAUUCAUCGACAAAUUCGUCCAACUUGUUCGGAAGUACUUCCCGCACAGUCUGCUCCAUUUUGAGGACUUCGGAGUGACUAACGCCCAGCGUAUCUUGAGACGGUACCGAGAUAACCACGCUGUGUUCAACGAUGAUAUUCAAGGCACUGGUGCUGUGACGCUUUCUUGCAUCAUGGCCGCUGUUGGUGUUACCAAGACGCAAUUGGCGGAUCAGCGCUACAUCAUAUACGGUGCUGGAUCGGCUGGACUGGGGAUCGCUCGCCAGCUGCGCGACGCGAUUGUAGCGAUGGACAACGUAUCAGUGGAGGAAGCGACUUCCCGCUUUUAUCUUCUCGACAAGCAUGGCCUGAUCAAGCAGUCCUUGGGACCCAACAACAUCCGAGAUGACCUGAAGGAGUUUGUGAGAGCUGACGAAGAGUGGAACAGUUCCGAAGAGAUCGGACUACUGGAAGUUGUGAAGAAGAUCAAGCCAACGGUGAUGAUCGGCACGUCGACUCAUGCUGGAGCCUUCACCGAAGAGGUUAUCAAGGCGAUGGCUGAAAACUGCGAUCGACCCAUUAUUCUUCCGCUCUCCAACCCCAGCAAGCUGGUAGAAGUUGACCCCAAGGACGCGAAUGACUGGACCAAGGGCAAGGCGCUUCUUGCGACCGGGAGCCCGUUCCCGCCUGCCAAAAUGCCGAAUGGCAAGGACUACGUUAUCGCCGAAUGCAACAAUGCCCUGAUCUACCCGGGACUUGGCUUGGGAGCGAUCCUAUCCAAAUCCAAGUGCAUGACCGACACGAUGCUCAUCGCAGGUGCCCGACGACUUGCUUCGCUUGCGCCAGCCUUGAAAGAUCCGGACGACGCUCUUCUCCCCGACUUUGCUGACGCACCUGCCGUUAAUCUCGAGGUUGCGAUCGCAGUCGCAGAACAAGCGAUACAGGAAGGCAGUGCUGAGGUCUCAUGGACCAAGGAAGAGGUCAGAGAAAAGGUGCAGCAGGGUUUGUGGCGUCCAACGUACGGGGAAUAUGUGUAUGACAAGGACGGAAUGCAGUAGAAGACAAACAUUCUCUAGAUAAUCUGUACGAUAGAACUUGGGACAAUAUAAGUACUAGGAAUCAGACACUGGAGUCAAGCUCCCGUGACAUCCAGCAAGUGACGGGACGGCGUCACGACCCGAUUAGUCCAUUUCGUCAUCCCUGUCGCAGAAAGUGUCCACCCACCACCACUCAACCUUUGGCACGCGCAGUGGACGCGUAAUUUCGAAUGUGGGAGAGGACAUUGCAAGAUCUCAUUCGGGGUCUGCGCUCGAACAAGAAAGAUGAAGCCCAAUUUAUCGCAAAGGCGGUGGACGAGAUUCGUAUUGAGAUCAAGAGUGACGAUAUGGAGCUCAAGGCAGGCGCGGUCCUCAAGCUUACCUAUCUCGAGAUGCUCGGGUAUGACAUGGGCUGGGCAUCGUUCAAUGUAGUGGAGGUCAUGUCUUCGCCGCGCUUCCACCUCAAGAGUGUGGGAUACCUUGCCGCCGUUCAAUCUUUCGACCAAGAGACGGAUGUUCUAAUGUUGACCACGAAUCUACUAAAGAAGGACUUGACGUCUACCCCCGCAGACAUUGCCAUUACUCUCAACGGACUCUCGCACAUUGUCACCCACGACCUUGGACGCGAUCUAUCCUCGGAGCUGCUCACCAUGCUCACACAUUCCCGAGCAAAUAUCCGGAAACGCGCUAUUCUUGCCCUUUACAAAGUCAUGAUUCAGUACCCGGACGCCGUUGCGCCUGGGAUAGCUCGCCUGAAGGAGAAGUUGGAGGAUCCUGACCCAGGUGUCGUCGGAGCGACGGUCAAUGUGCUUUGUGAACUUGCUCGACAGCAUCCCGAGGAUUAUCUAAUCAUGGCACCUCAACUCUUCCACCAUCUGACCACCUCCUCCAACAACUGGAUGCUCAUCAAGAUUAUCAAGCUGUUCGGAACCCUGUGUCCUCACGAACCUCGUCUCGUGAAGAAGCUCCAGCCCCCGAUUACUGACCUGAUCUCGACAACGCCAGCAAUAUCUCUCUUGUAUGAAUGUGUGCACACCUGCAUCAUCGGUGGAAUGCUUCAAGGGUCUUCUGGCGACUCACUUGCGAGAUUGUGCGUCUCAAAACUGGCUGCGUUCAUCGAAGACUCCGAUCAGAACUUGAAAUACAUCGCGCUGUUGGCUCUGGUGAAAAUCGUACCUUCGCAUCCUUAUCUCGUGGCGGAGUAUCAAGACACCAUCCUUGCAAGCGUGAAUGACCCCGACAUCAGUAUCCGGAUGCGAGCUCUGGACCUCGUCUCAGCCAUGGUUACCAGCAAUAAUCUGCAAACAAUCGUUCAGCAACUUCUUACGCAUCUAGUUUCGGAUUCGCCGGGAACAACCGAUGCAGCCGCUUCUCUGGCGAAACACACCAUGCAUUUGUCACCCACUACUGCCCAUGUUCACGACAUUUCACCCAGCCAAUCUCCAGCCUACCGCUUGACGCUGGCCCAGCGGAUCAUCACGCUGUGCUCACAGAACAUGUACGAACACGUGACCAAUUUCGAGUGGUACCUCUCCGUCUUGGUGGAUCUGUCGCAGGUCGCGAAUGUGGAUAUCGGUCCCCAGAUCAGGGAUCAGUUGGUAGACGUCGUAGGCAGGGUCAGAGGCGUGCGCCGAUCUGCCGUCAAGCUGAUGCAUGCUCUUUUGUGUGACGAGACGUUGCUGCACAACGCUCGGGAAGAGGGCAGCUGCUCCGAGGUGCUGUGGGCAGCUGCCUGGAUCUGUGGUGAAUAUUGCAGUGAGCUUGCGGACCCACAAAAACUGCUUCCGUAUUUGUUGCAGCCAGGGAUCGCGACCCUGCAAUCGGAUAUCAUCGCGGUCUACAUCCACGCCUCUUCCAAGAUCUUCGGAUACUGGGCUGGUCAGGUGGCAGAACGGUGGGACGAGGAAGAUCUGGUCGAGGUGAAGAGCGCGGUGGAGCUCAUACUGAGCAGCGUGAGCGAGUUUGUGAGCAACACAGACGUUGAAGUUCAGGAGCGAGCUGCCAACGCGCUCGAAUUGUUCACUUUCGUGCAAGCCGAUCUAAAUACGCACAAACCACGAGCACCUACAGACAGCAACAACCCUUUCGCUGGAGCGCCUGCAUCUCCAUCGGACGACGACCUCCGCUUCCCAAAGAGCAUGUAUCUGAUCCAACCGCUGCACGACGCUUACGAACUCAAUCCCGUCGCGGCGCUCGCUCAAGCAAGCGUGCCAAUUCCGGAGGGCCUCGAUCUGGAUGUGUGGUUCGUGGCACCUCCACCUGAAGCUGCGCGGCCCGAUGCAGAAGCAAAGGCCCGGAAAGUCAAGAAGGGCAAGGGCAAAGAGAUCAAUGGGGGUAAACUCAAGAGCAAGAAGAAGCCCAAGGAUGCAGACGAGGAUGUGGACGACCAUCGAGUGGAAUCGGCGGAAGAGGCGUUGGAGCGAGAAAGACGAACGGCGGAGCGACGAGAACGACAGAAGGACGACCCAUACUAUAUCCACGGAGAUCGGGGCCAGUCGAGCUCAAGUAGGCUCGCCGAUGACAUUGACUCCAUCCCGGUUGUGCGGCUGGAUGACAUGCCAGCCCUUCCACCAGACGAAAGCAGGUUACUUUCCUCUGCAAGGCAUGCUGCGGCGCCCACAGUGGCCUUUUCCGUGGACCGGAAUGGUGAAAUGCCGCAGGGUGCGACGCCACCACCGGUGUCUUCCCCACCGGCGUCUCGCACGGUCACAAGAUCAGGCACACCAGUCACGAUCUCGUCUUUCCCGGAAUACGACCUGGCGGACGACGUGCGAGCCAACACACCCGAGCCAAUUGCUGUGACACGGACGAAGA